AAAAAAGGGUCGGCCAAUUGGAGCUGUUUUGAAAUCGAUCGCACCAUUACGUAGGUGUGCGAUUCCCCCCGCCCACCGAAUUGAUUGACAGCUGCGCGUAUUAACAUAUCCUGAGUUUGCCGUUUCCGCCAUUAUCAGCGUGAACGUCGAAGCGAUGCCACCGAGAGAACACCCUUGUGCUAUUUUAGGAUGUAAGGCUCAGCACAAGAGCCUUCACCGUCUUCCUGCAAAUGAGCAACAGAGGCUUAAGUGGCUGAGUUUUAUCUUUGAAGACAAGGUGCCUGAAAAUGUACCAAAACUGUUGUAUGUUUGCGCUAACCACUUUAGCGUAGACUGCCUCGAGAACGCGGGACAAUAUAACUCCGGAUUCGCGAGUAAAUUGUUUUUGAAAACUGGAUCAGUUCCUACAAUACGUGAUCCUGUCUCACUUCAAGCCACGAUGUCGACAAAGAGCAACAAGGUGGAUGUUGCUUGCCAGACAGAAACUUUUCACACAUCUUUACACAGUGUUGGUACCCAGUUGUCUUUUAGGACGCUUCAGGCUAAACGCAGGAGUACAAGUGUCCAGACAACAAUAUCCAGUUUUGAACUGACUGUACCAUCAGCGUCCUCUACUGCGUUUAUGACUUCGACACCCCUCAAACCUUCACUAAAAAGACCUCGUCUGGAGCUGGAGGAGGAGGAGGAGGAGGAGGAGGAAGAAGAAGCAGCAGCCGAAGAGACUUUGACAGAGUCAAAAAUUAUAGCCCAAGACUCGGAUGUGACAUUUGACCCUGCAGAGGAAUGCACAUCUGCAACUGAACCAACAGACUUGUCAAUCCAAGAAUGCCCAGUUCAUAACAUUGCCAAGUUCAUUGUCUAUGAAACAUGCCUCAUGGAGCUCUUCAGUGACUGCCCAGUGUGUCAGAGGAGAUGUGAUGUAAAGUCACAAAGGCUUGGGACAUUUCUGAGCGUACAGCAAGUCUGCCCACACUGCGAGUUUGUAAGAAAAUGGAACAGUCAGCCAAUUAUUGGUAGUACUCCAGCUGGCAACCUGCAUCUUUCUGCUGCUGUCUACUUGAGCGGUGCAUCAUUUUUUGUAGUUGAAAAGGUAUUUGCUGCAAUGAAACUACACAUUUUUAAAUAUAAUUCAUUUCGCCGUCAUGCAAGACUUUGCAUUGAACCUGCUAUUGUCCACAAGUGGAGAAAUUGGCAGAGUGAAAUGCUAGAACAGCUCAGUCGAAGAGAGAAUGUGAUUGUUGGAGGAGAUAUGAGGGCUGACUCCCCAGGUCACUCGGCCAAGUAUGGGAUUUAUACAAUGAUGGACCUUGCAACUAACACAGUGGUCGACCUACAGUUAGUCCAGAGUAAUGAGGUGGGUGGCAGUUACCAUAUGGAAAAAGAAGGCCUAAAGAGAAGCCUUGACCUGUUGGAUGCCCGCGGUGUUCGUCUGGAAUGCAUCAUCACAGACAGACAUCCUCAAAUACAGAAAUAUCUCAGGGAUCGAAAUGUCACUCAGUUUUACGAUGUGUGGCAUAUCGAGAAAGGAAUUUCCAAAAAACUGGACAAGAUAUGCCAGAUAAAGGGGUGUGAGAAGUUGCGUAAAUGGUUACGUAGCAUCAAAAACCACAUCUACUGGACUGCUGCAUCAUCCACAACAGGUCCUGAAAGAGUGGCAAAGUGGACCUCUAUCUUAAACCAUGUACAAGACAAACAUGUACAUGAAGACCCCAAUUUUCCGGCUUGUCUGCAUCCGCAACGGAUAAGCAGAGACAAGAACAAAUGGCUGUCGGCUGCAACGAUGCCAUUCUACAAGCUGGAGAAAGUUCUCGCUAACAAGAGAAUAUUGAAGGAUGUGGCCAAGCUAAGUCCUCACCACCAGACGUCAACUGUUGAAGCUUUCCACAGCGUCAUACUGCGGUUUGCACCCAAAAAUGUGGUAUUCCCAUUUCUGGGGAUGCUAUGCAGGUUGUACUUGGCUGCACUUCAUUACAAUGAAAAUGCCGGGCGUCCCCAGGCCACAUCAGCAACUGGUAAACCUAUUUACAAGCUUGCCUUUCCAAAGGCAAAGAAAGGAGAGUAUAGGGUCCGAGAAGUGAAGACACAGCAAACUUUCGGUUAUGUAGAAGAGCUGCUGGACCUCAUCUUCAACCAAGUGUUUGUGGACCCAUCACCCUAUGUUGAUGAAGUGUUGGGAAUUCACAUACCACCUGCUCUAUCAUCAGCCUACGAUCGACCUGAGAUGGAGGAGGCUAUCUCCAGCAGGGUGACCCGCUUCAAUCAAUAGCUAUCCUAAAACCCACAUAGCUGCCCUGCUCUUCAGGAAACUGUCUUCGAAUCUUCAGCACCACACAGGCAGGAAUCACAACACGGACUCUCCGCCCGAGGAAACCCCAACACCAGCUCACAAAGCUCCGAUAAGCCAAAAAGCGGCACUGUCUAACAGAGACAUAAUAAUGAAACAUUGUUUUAGAAAUUGCACUACAAUUUGAACUUGGGAGUUAUCACAUAUACAUUUUUAUUUUUUAUAAAAUAACUAGCUUUACCAAAAUUUCAGAAGUCAUAUUUUGUUUAUUCAACUGCCAAUGUAUAUUUGAUAUGUUUGUAUGUGUUUGUAGAUAUACUGUACUUUCUAAUGUUCAUGGACAAUUGUAUUUCAUUCAACAAAGUGACAACUUGGAGUUUAUAUUUUCAAAAGGAUACAUUUUAUAUUUGCCAAUCACAUUUUAAUUUAUACUUCAAUAUAAAGUUUUUAUAUGACUCAGGAAUUGAAGCAUCUUUUCUGAAGGGUUGAUGUUUCUAUGCCAUACUGAUUUUUAUAUAUUUUAAGAGUUUAUAUAUUAAUGUUUAGUGAAUUUAAAAUUAUUUUUCAAUAAAAAGUACAUGCAUUACUCAGCUUUUUAUGAAGUCAUUCAAAUUGUUAUCUCAGAAAUAGCAGCAAUAAAAAACGGUACGUAUUUCAUUUUUAUUGACAUUGAGGUAAAGUUGGUUUUAUAUUCAGAUAUUCGGACAUUCUCCUU